AUGGUCAAUAAAUUGGAACAACGAGGCUAUGGACGAAAAUUGAUCAAAAAGGUACACACUGAAUUGGUGCAACAAGAUCAAAAGUCAUUACUUCUGCCUCAGGGUGUGAAGAAGAAUGUGGAAGAUGUGAGUGACAACAUCAAUUUUAUAACAACGUUCAACCCCAUAUCUAAGAUUCUAUCAGAGUCGGUAAAGAAGAAUUGGGAAAUCAAGAGUUCAGAUAUCUACAAACUUCCAGCUUCAAUCCUGAAGAGAUUUUAUAAUGAAGAUUCAUAUGACGGUUUUGUUGGUCUCAUGGGCCGGAGAAAUACAGAUCCCAAGGAGUUCUCUUCUCUGCCAUUGAAAAGAGAUAUGCACGAUUUCUUUGUUGGUUUAAUGGGAAAAAGAAAUUUGCAGACAGGAAAUCCUACAGAUGAAGGUAAAGAUUCCAAACCAGACACCAGAUACUCAACAAAGUGCAGAAUGAGGUACAGGCGUUCACUUUAG